CUGAAAGUUGAACGCAAGUCCAAAUCUCUGCGAUUGUGUAAUCCAGAAGAAAAACCGCGAGGUCUAAGGAAUUUGGGAAACACCUGCUUUAUGAAUGCUGUUGUGCAAGCACUUGGAGUAGCUGAUGUGUUCCGAGAUUAUUUGACCCAGUUGCCCAUCCUUGAGCCAGAUGAUGAUAUCAUUGAAGACUGUAUAUUGCCAAUGAUUUCGCCUCGGUACAAUACGAGACGUGCAGCGUUGAGUUUUAGCAGUGGCUAUGGUGAAGAUUUGAAGCAUUCAUCAAGCCUUUUAGCAGAGGAGUUUCGUAAAGUUCUAAUUUCUCUCUCUGAUGUGAAAAGUUUCCAUGCUUAUUCUCCUGACGAUUUCUUUCAAGCAGUUUGGAAGAUCUCCCCCCGUUUCCGUGGGUUCCAACAGCAGGACGCUCACGAGUUUCUACGAUGUGCUCUAGACAGAUUGCAUUGCGAGUUAAAGCGCUGUCGAAUUCCGGAAUCAGUGGACAAAUGGCUUGAAUAUGCUUGUGGAGAUGGCCAACAAUUCCCGUCUACAACUGCUGUUAGUAGAAUUUUCGAGGGAUCGCUCCAAAGUCAAGUAGUGUGUCAAACGUGCCUUACGGCCAGCAAUAAGCAUGAAUCAUUCAUGGACCUCUCUCUCGACAUUUAUGACACCAUUGGAGGGACAGGAAAUAUCCAUUUAUCCGAUUGCAUUAGAAGGUUCUUCGAUAAAGAAGAGCUUGGCCAAUGUGAGCAAUAUAUGUGUGGCUAUUGCAUGGACAAGAGACCUUCGACAAAACAGUUAAUGGUCAAAAUUUUGCCUACCGUUUUGUGUAUACAUCUCAAGCGUUUUCGUUGGACCCAAUAUAACAAAGGAAAAGUGGAUAACAUGGUCAUUUUUCCGAUGUCUGGAUUGGAUAUAUCUCCGUUCAUGGCUGCUUCUACACGGAAUGGCCAUACUAGCCCCGUGACAUUUGAUCUGACAUCAGUUGUCGUACAUCAUGGCAGCGGACCUACCUCAGGACACUACACAUCAUUUGGCCGACGUAACAGUCGAUGGUAUCACUUCAACGAUUCAGUUGUUAAGCCAUGCCCUGAGCAAACUGUUCUUCAACAGAAAGCUUAUCUACUUUUCUACACGCGCUCUCCUACUUCUGGAGUCCUAUGA